UAUGUGCCUAGCUAGUGCCAACGGAGGGAGAAGGAACUGAUCUCUCUCUUUUUUUAAGAUCUUCAGUUCUAAAUCUAGGAUUGCCCAGUCGCACGCCAUGCAGGGCUAGAAGUUGUGUGCGCACCGGCCGGUAUCGCUCUUCCCCCACCCCACACAACUGCGCGGCUUUUCUGAGCGUUACGGCACCCUCCUCCUGCCCCCUGCGCGGCGCGGGCGGGGACCCACCGGUUUCGCUCCGCGUUCGCCGCAGAGAACCGAGGACCUUAGAAAACCGGACACCGGCGUCCGGGCGCCCAGUCCUGUUCUGGCUUGGGGCCACAUGGAGGGGACCGUGGAGUCCCAGACUCCUGACUUGCGAGACGUGGAGGGCAAGGUGGGCAGGAAGACCCCCGAAGGGCUGCUCCGCGGGCUUCGAGGCGAGUGGGAGCUGGGAACCUCCGGGGACGUGCUGCUCCCGGGGGCGCCCAGCACGGGCCACGGCCUUGGGGACAAGAUCAUGGCGCUGAGGAUGGAACUGGCUUACCUUCGAGCUAUCGACGUGAAGAUCCUGCAGCAGCUGGUGGCGUUGAACGAGGGUAUCGAGGCAGUUCGCUGGCUGUUGGAAGAACGGGGAACACUGACCAGCCAUUGCAGCAGCCUCAAUAGCAGCCAGUAUAGUCUGACAGGUGGAAGCCCAGGCCGCUCAAGGCGGGGCAGUUGGGACAGCCUGCCAGAUACCAGUUCAACUGACCGCCUGGAUAGCGUUUCUAUUGGCAGCUUCUUGGACACUGUGGCCCCCAGAGAGCUGAAUGAGCAAGGGCUCCCUGGGCCUUCCUGUCCUGAGAUUGACUGGGCAAAGGUUAUACCCAGUGAAGACAGGGCCAGGACUGAUGUGGACAUGACAUCCAGCAAGCUAGGGAGCUUAACAGCCACAUGGAAGCUCCCGGGGGACGAACUCCGAGUUGGACCACCUGAGCCACCAGAGGAUGACAAUGCGAAGCAGGGCUUUGAGGCUCAUUGGUACUGGGAACAGUGCCAGGAUGAUGUGACCUUCUUGUAAAGACUUUCCUACCCAUUUGUACUUUGUGGCUCUUUCAACUUUUGGCCCAAGUCUCCGUCAGUUUUCCCUCAACUCACACUAGACAGAGGCUGUACUGUAAUCAGUUAACGUGAAAGUCUGGCCUAUCUCUUUGGUCCCUGGGGAGCCUCUGCAUUCACCCCUCAAUUAUUGGGUCCCUAGAGCUAUUUCCAUAGAGAUGUUGGCUCUAGAGGCCUCUCCUGUGGCUCCUGAGGGAAGGGUAUCUCCAUGCCCCUCCCCAGUGAUGUGAGUUUUAUGGAAUUUAGGACCUCUGAGAUGUCACUAUAGAAGAGGUGAGGGAAUAAUUGUCUCCUCCAAUGCCUAGGAGUCUGGGAUGCCUCUUUAAAAAAAAAAUGGAGAAUUGAGAAGGGACAGUCAGGGCCAAACCUGCAUGGAUUGGCCCUUUUGGAGUUGAGAGAGCAACCAUUUUCUGCCUUCUUAGUGAUGUCAUUCUUGUCAUAAUUCAGGAAAAGUACUUCCUCUAUACCAGUCCUGGUUGGUGUUUGAUGGGUCUGUAUACAGGUUUCACUUAAUGUGAGAGGGAACUCAUCGCUAUUCCUGGCAGAUGUCUGUGCUGUUUUUCUCAAGUUCUUACUUUCCAAACAUGGUGUUUUCAAGGCUUCACCUGUGACUAAAUCCCUGUUUCUUACCAAGUAAGAAACUCAGAGGCCUCCACCAGGCUCUCAGAUCUGCUUGGCUCACUGUACUACAGGCCCCUAUCUGGCCCUGGGCCUGGGCCGUGCGCUACCAUGUCCAGCUAGGCCUCUGCAUUUUUAAAAUAUGUGCCUCAUUCUACUGUCGUUUAGGAAUAAGGAGAGUAAAGGUCUCAGGCUCUGGACACACUCUGGGAUAGGGGGAUGAUCUUGUCCUUUCUGUCCCUGAGUUUACUUACCCUUCCUUCAUCCUGGCCAUUCUUCCACUAUUUGGUCACAAGGAUGCUUGCCUGAAGUUGAGACACAAGGAAUCCCUUUGUCUGGGCUACAAUGGAAGGAGUGUGACAGGAAAACACAGAGGCCCUUUGGUUCCUGGACCUCAUUAGGGCGAAGAGGCUAUGAAAAGUCCUUCUUUAGGCAAGCCCCUAACUGACUCCUGGACUUGAGGGAUAAUCAGGACUUGCUCUAAGGUUGUAUCCCAAGGUCCUAGCUAAUUAUACCAAGGAAGAAAUUCUGGGAAACUGCCAUUCUGAGGCUCAAGGAAGAGGCAGAGGGCAAAGGCUGUGGUUAGUACCUGAACAAAUGUAUGCACCACCAUACCUGGUGCACACCUUUAGUCCCAACACUCAGGCGGCAGAGCCAGAUGGAUCUCUAUGAGUUCUAGGCCAACCAAGGCUAUAUACAUAGUGAGACCCAGUCUUAAAAAAUAAAGAAACCAGAAUGAAAGCUGGGCAUGGUGAUGCACGCCUGUAAUCCCAGCACUCUGGAAGAGGCAGGUGGAUCUCUCUGAAUUUGAGGCUAGCCUGGUCUACAAAGUGAGUCCAGGACAGCUAAGGCUACAUAGAGAAACUCUGUCUUGAUAAACAAACAAACAAACUAGAAAUAGAUUAGCCCUUUGGGUCCCAGGUAACUGCCCUGUCUUUUCAGGGCCCUGAAAUUGGAUUACUGGAGGGGGAAAGUGUUAUCUUUGUUUGGUGGGCCCUCCUGAGUUGGAGUCUUGCCCGAAACCCAGAGUAACAGCCAUUUUCUGUUUUUCAGAAAUUCCAUGUCGGGGAAUGGGAAGGCAGUCAAGUUAUGUCUCCUCUCCUGUCUCCCAGCUCCAAUGCUGCAACAGUUGUUUUGCAACCACCAAAUCCCCAGCCUCUGGCUCUUCUAAAGACCCUCUCAUCCCCUGACUCAAAGUGAUAGUGGUCACUAUUUCUACAAUGACUUCAGCUGUUGCCGGGUCUCCUUAACCUGUCCGUCGCCCUGGGGCUCAGCCUCUCCACAGCUCUGGGAUUCCUGCUCCCUCUCCCCUUGUUGGAAUUUCAAAUACCCUGUACCAGUCUGAGCCAAUCCACAGUGCUCCCUUGCACAACCAGUACCUUUUCUCUUUGAAGCUACUGUAUUCCUUUUUCUUUUGAGGCUCAUUUCUUCCCAGUAUAAACGUCUGAGCUGAAAAGGCUGCCUGCCUCCUUGUGGCCAUAAUACAACAUGCCUGGAGUUGCUGGGCGAAAUCUCCAAGUUUAAAUGUAAUUCAGUCCAGCCUUUCAGGAGACCAGCCCUCUCAGUGCGCAGAGGAUUAGGCCUAGAGAUGGUAUAGAUUUGCCCAGUUCUACCUGUGAAAUUGUGGGAAAGGCCAUGUUAGAGACCUUACUGUCUGCCUGAAACCCACAGCUCCAUCUUCAGGCAUACUGCCCAAAGCCCAAAGGAACUGAAAACAUUUUCUUAUUGUAAGAUUUGAGACCUACCUGGGUAUGGUGGCCCACACUUUGGCCUGCAAUCCCAGGACUUGACAGCUGGAUACAGAGCAGGAGUUCAAAGUCCUCUUCAGCUACAUAGCAAGUUCAAGGCCAGCUGACCACAUGAGGCCCCCCUUCCCCCCCCACAUUCACUCAGACAAUCAUCCACCCACCCUACCCCUAAAAAGCAAUUGAGUCUUUAUAGGGAUUCCAACCGGACUAGAUGAAGGGCAUGCUGAUCUAGACAUCAAAUAGGAAAGCCCAGGGCGAACCUCCCCCCGUGGAAGGAGGGUGAGAAGGUUCAGGCAUGGGUUGGAGAAAAAAAAGAGAAAGUGUUGGGCUGGAGAUAGGGGUGGAUGAUUUUGAGACUCCAGAUUUCUCGCUUUUAUUUGAGACGGGGUCUCUAAACACAACCUUGGUUGUUCUGGAACUCACAUUGUAGACAAGGCUAGCCUCAAACUCACAAAGAUCAGCCUGCUUCUGCCUACCAAGUACUGGGAUUAAAGGUGUGUAUCACUGUGUCCAGAGUUGUUAUUGUUUUUAAUGAUUGAUUUUUAGAAAGCAUCUUAUUUUGUAGCCGGUGUUGACCUGGGACUUACUAUGUAGCCCAGGAUGGCCCUGGAACAGGUGUGAAAUCCUCCUGCCUCAGCUUCUGAGUACUGGAAUAACAAGUGUAAGCUACCACACUUGGCUUUGGGUAUCCUGUUAUUUUUAUUUGUUUGUUGUUUAGGGUUUUUUUGUUGUUUUUUAGUUUUUCAAGACAGGGUUUCUCUCUGUAGCCCCAGGCUCAAACUCACAGAGAUCUGCCUGCCUCUGCCUCCCAAGUGCUGGGAUUAAAGACAUGUGCCACCAUCGCCCAGCUUGGGCAUUCUGUUUUAAUACCUUCAGACCCCAUCAUCUGAGGAGUUUAUGAGCCAAAAUAAAUAUAUCCCGGUCCUUUCUACCUGCUUCCAGGUUGGCUGGUUAAAGCCUGGCUGUUCUGUUAGCAUGGACUUUUAGGAACUAUAGGUAGGAGCUGUUUGGGAGCUCUGUGAAGUGGGAGAGGGGAGAGAUGCAGAGAGACAAGAAUGGGAUAGAACAGGGUGAAAGUUUGGACAGAGGAAGCACACUGCUCUCCGAAUGUUCUGGGGCCCUCCUCAGAACUCAUAAUUCAAAGAUGGUAGCCUGGGAGGGCAAAGAUGGGUCUGGCCAGUCUGAUUCCAUCUGUCUGGCAACAUGAGACAAUGGGAGAGAUCAGGUGUUAGGGUGUGUACUUGUGGGAGCAGGGAGUUGGUGGUGAGGGUAAACAUUUGGGUGAAUGGAAGCUGGUGGCAGUUUCAGUUAGCAAUAUUUAGGGUUACAGUAAACACAAGUUCAUUGUGGGCAUGGUGCCAGGUACUUGCUGAAUAUUCAGUUUUGCAUGUUCAAAGAAUAAUGAAUGUGUAUAAGCCUACAAGAAAAUGUAAUGCAUAGAAAGAAAAUUAAGCUGGUUUAUACAUUAGCAUUUAAAAACAUUGUUUAAUUCUUAAUCCUAGAAACAACUCACUGUUACCAACAUAUUGUUGCUUAGAAAUUUGCUAACUUCAGACAGGUAACAAACCAAUGUAGAAUGAUGGUCAAUGUGAUUGUAAGGCCUUCCAGGAAAUCCACGGCUCCCCACUUCACUCCCUCAGCUACUGUUUUUAUUCUCCUAGGAGAUCAGGCAGUAUAUUGAUUUGCUGCUGCUGAUAUAAUGAAUUACCAUAAACUCAGUGGCUUAAAGCCCAGUUAGGCUGGGCAUGCUGGCACAUGUUGGCACAUGCUGGCAAUCUUAGCUCUCAUGGGGUUGGGGAAGGCAGGCUGCAAGUUUGAGGCCAGCCAAAAAGGAAUGAGAUUUGAGAGAAAAUCCUAGGCUUUUUCAAGCUUGUAGCCCUUGUGACCAGGGUGGAAUGUUUCUGCAGUUUCUCCUCUCCAGUGCCACUGUGUGUGCCUGCUCCUCCAGGCAGAGGUAAUUACACUCCCAGAAGGCUAACCUUGGUUCUCCCUGGGAAGCACACGCAUGUCUCCUCCUUAAAUAGAUUUUAUUCCUUAGUGGUUAAUUAUCGUCGAUACUAGACCCUCUUUUUUUAUUUCCAGAUCCCUAGUCUCUAUCUUCUCUUGGACAUACAUAUACACUCAAACUUGUCAAUGUAUGUUUGGAAAGGUACCUUUAAAUAUAUUUGUAUAUGUGUUUAUCUGUGUGUGUGCGUGAAUAUAUAUAUAUAUAUAUAUAUAUAUAUAUAUGAUUCUGUGCUUUUACGUGUUUUGAUGUGUAUAAAUGGUAUACUUUGAUAGUAAACUAACUUCUAUAAUGAAUUGCUCUCAUAUUUCAGUGACAACACAAUGUGUGACUUAUUUUUCGCCUGACUGGAUAGUUCUCCCCUGCACAUGUCAGGCCCCAGGCUCCUUCCAGGUUCAGAUGGUGAUAGCCAUAAACUUUCCACCAAGUUGUUUUACCAUCCACUGAUGAUCCUUUGACUUGGGAUUACAAAAUCGUGAUUUCCUGACACUAUUAGUACAUUUUCAUUAGUCUAAUUCUGUACGGAAAACUUCACACCUCAGAGGACCAUUUAUUAUUCUGAAAUAAAGUUCAUAUCAAAAUGAUAAGA